AUGAGUGAUAAGCUGCUCUCCGACGUUGAAACGGCGGUGUUUGAUGAAAACAGAAAUAGAUUGAUCGACGAGGGUCACCAGGAACUCAACGAUGUCUACCGAUGGGGAGACCUACCCGACCCCUUGAGACAGAACCUGCGGCCGCUCGUCUCUACGAGAUAUACCCAGAGAAAAGAGUCAAUGGCCGCGGAGUGGAGACAACGAUUUCCAAGAAUCGGGUCCACCAUCUUUGUGAGUGUCACAGCAAGCGGCACACAGUCGAUCAGGACUUUGGUUACUGCUUCAUAUGCCCAAUUGACCAGCGAGAUCGUUGCCGACAUACAUCGAUCGGCGCAGAAGCGAUUCGUGCAGGACCGGCACAAACGAGCCAUCCAAGCCGCCGUACGAGAAUUUGGUCGACAUCGACCCAACUUCCAAUUCCUUGGCUCGAAAGACAAGAAAUCGCAACUCCUGUCAAAGGCUAUUCGUGCCAUUGCCACGGUAUACGAUUACACCGAGCCUGAUCCCGUUGCCAUUGAUUCGAUCAUCAGCAACGCGCUGAAGGUGCCCAAGCCGGUCAAGAAUGACUCGGGCAUUCUCCUCGGUAUCUUCGGCGGCUCCUUCUUGAGCACGAGCAUCUUCGGGGCGGCCCUCAAUGCCGCAGAAACGGCCGCAGGAACCGCAGUAUCGGUAGCUCCCGUGCUGUGGGUCGUUGGAGGUGCUCACGUCGCCGUCACCGUUGCGGUUCGAACGUACCUCGUGUCGAUCGAGAUGAUCGCCAUCUGUCUGGAAGUGCUUCUGAUCCUGGACCGCGCCUUCUGGUACGACGGCGGCAUCAUCAAGGAACGUUACAUCGAGGGGGCCUGUAUGCACUACCUCCGGAAGCGGCCCGAGGUCCAGAAAGCCGUUUGGGACGAGUUCGGGUUUCCCGGCACGGUGCCAACCAAGGAAGCAGCAGAGAAGGCAUUGACCAAGCUUUUGGAGAGGUUCAAAUACAAGAAGCAGACCUGA